AUGCCGAGCUCUCAGAUGGUCUUGGCCGAACAGCAUCAACGACCCCCGAAGCCCAAAGUCGCCAAGGACAAAGCUGUGUUCCAACCCGGUCCCAUCCAAGGAGAACUUCGCUAUCCUCCUCAUGAGGAUCGCACUCCUUUCCUGGAAGAAGAGCAUCGCAAAGCAAAAUUGACCCCAUACGGCAAUAUCGCUGAUUAUCCUCGCCAUAUCCCAUACCAGAGCGAGAAGAAGACAUUCUUGACGCAAACUGGACGAGACUGCUUCCAUGUUUUCCAAUACACCUUCCAGCGCCCUGGCGUGGAUGCAGAGCCGUGGACUGUCACUUGGGACUACAACAUCGGUUUGGUGCGCACGACUCAUCUGUUCAAGUGUCUGGGUCAUGCAAAGACUGCACCGGCGCGUGUGCUGAACAACAAUCUUGGACUCCGUGAAAUCAGUCACAGCAUUACCGGGGGCUCACUUGCAGCGCAAGGCUAUUGGAUGCCAUUUGAGGCAGCCAAGGCCAUCGCCGCUACUUUCUGCUGGGAGAUUCGUUUCCUGCUCACUCCGAUCUUUGGGCUGGAUUUCCCGGAGCUGUGCGUUCCCCCCGACGAUCAUUUCAACUUCAAUCGAAUGAUCAUCGAUCCCCGGAUCGUCCAAGAGGCAGCAGAGCUUUCGCGUCGCUACAGACUCCUUGAGCGCCUUCCUACUACCCAAGAACCGUCCCCUCUACCGCCCCGUCACCUUCCAAUCCUCCAAAACCAGUUCACGCGACCCGUCCUGAUCCUCAACGCAGAACAGUGGGACUCGUCCUCCGUCUCAAGCAGAGUGGCUCGACACAGAUACGACGACAGUGCCAGCAGCAUGCGCGGCUCUUCUUCUGAGCCGUACUCGGGCUCGCCCCAUAGCCCUGCGCACCAUGGCUUCACCCCGAUCAACCGGCCUCCUAGCUCGCACCCUGCUCUCAGCGAGUCUCGCAGCCUUCUCAAUGAGGCCUCUGCUCGCAGACUGGGUGCCCUGACACUGCGACUUGAUGGCAGCGACUCGGACGCAGAGUCGGUCCCUGUCCCUCGCUCCAACCCUCCUCGUCGCAAGUCGGACAUGAUCAAUAUGGCCGGCGUUGGCCGUGACUCCGCGGAUGCAGACUCGGAGCUCGGUGACGAUCUCUCCACCUCGCCAGACGAUAGCACUUUGAUGGAUGAGGAGGAAAACGAGGAUGAUGAAGAGUACCGUGGACCACGCCAUGCCAGGUCGUCUUUGAAGUAUGACGCUGUCCGUGAUACGAGCGUGACCAAGAGAUAUCCCUCACGCAACGGCAACGGCAACGGCAACAGUAACGGCAACGGUAACGGCAACGACCAUGCAGACGAAGAGCCCCAGAUCACGCCUCCUUCCAUUCGAAUUGGCCGGGAGAUCAGAGCCGCCCAUGCUCUGCUCCACAUGCAUAUGCAACGCGCUUCUUGCAGAAACAGUGAUGAUGAUUCUGACAAGAAUAACGAGCGAAGCCUGGAGCAGUCGGCCCCUGAGUAUUCUCUCGCCAGUUCCAAUCCCCGGAGCCGCAAACGCCGUCGUGUCUCGAUUUAA